AUGAUCGUGGUGGUGGAUGGCCAGACCCGAGCAACCUGGCCAAUCCGCUCUAAGUCAGGCGCUAACAUCCUGCCGGAGAGCAUCGACCAGUGCAAGGGCUACAGCGCAUUCGCGGUUCUGCUGGACUCGCUGAACGUGGACCAGCCGGACGGAGGUGACGGAUCUGAUCUCGGCUCUGGAGUUAGUGCAAGAGGUGUGUGUAGUACCUGGUUCUUGUCCCUCCCUGUUACGUGCUGUCAGAUGCUGUUUGGCGAAGGACGGCGCCAUAUCCAUCUACGCCACACGCCAAGCACGCCCGCGUACGCUCUGGAGACGCCCAGUCCAGCAACUGUGUACGUGGGCACGAUCAAGCAGGCAAUGGCCCGGGCUAAUGGCAUCCUGCGCGCCUGUAUCAACUACGUGGACGUCAAGGCGCCGCUGUUCUCGUUCACGCGUCUGCACGGCGCUGGUCCGAGUAUGGGUGUGGAGUUGGGUUCGACCGUCUCAUUGGUGCGCUCAGUUAUUACCUUUCUAAGAGGGUUCGGGUCUCCGGCUUAUCCUACAGAGUUGUAG